UGUCACAGCAGAGCCUGGUUUCCUCUCCAGCUGUCCAAAGGAAGCAGAGAAUUUGUGCCAGAAUUUGGUCAAGGUGGAACUCUUUUUCAGGACUGACAGCAAACAUGGGAUAUGGGAGGUGGGGGAGCAGAGCCACCCCUCUGCUUUUUGAGGGAAAUCUUACAAAUGACGGUGAACACAAGGAGAUAGAACUGAGAGCUUAAAUAGCAACUUCUGAUUUAUGAACUGUGAUUUCUCUCAGUGAAAGAGCUCCUUAUUAGAGCAUUUAAUAGGUGAUUAAUUGCACUACGUUUUUUUCUUUAAGGAAUUCUUUUUAGGGAAGCCUUGAAAUACAGUCAUUUUGGCCCAAAAGCUUCGAUGCCUUAGGAGUUUACAAAUACAAUACAAGCUGCAGAUAUUAAAUAACUCUUCUUUAUCUGGCUGGCAUGAACCUCUUGGACAGAGAGAGGCUGUGUGUCUAAAAUGUGGCUCAGGAAGUGGCCGUGGUUGGCUUGGUGCAGUUCAGAAAUUGCAUGUACAAGAGCGAAUCUCUGGUGGUUUGUGAUGUUGCCGAAGACCUGGUGGAGAAGCUGAGAAAAUUCCGGUUUCGCAAGGAGACCAACAACGCUGCCAUUAUAAUGAAAAUCGACAAGGAUAAGCAGUUGGUGGUGCUGGAUGAGGAGCAUGAGGGUAUUUCUCCUGAUGAGCUCAAAGAUGAGCUGCCCGAGAGACAACCUCGAUUUAUUGUGUAUAGUUACAAGUACCAGCAUGAAGAUGGAAGAGUUUCUUACCCAUUGUGCUUUAUCUUCUCCAGUCCAGUUGGAUGUAAGCCUGAGCAGCAGAUGAUGUAUGCUGGCAGCAAGAAUAAGCUUGUACAGACAGCUGAACUCACUAAGGUAUUCGAAAUCAGAAACACAGAAGACCUCACUGAAGAGUGGCUGCGUGAGAAACUGGGCUUCUUCCACUAAGGAAAACCUCUGUCCUGAGUAUUUAUGUCCCAUCCUGGUGACACUGGAACCAGACAUGAAUACUUACAUCCCAGCAAUGCACUGUAUUCACAGCUGUCUCCUGCAGUCUCUUCUCUUGUGCAGAGUUUGUGCAAAGAAUAGCAGGUCUGUCUCCUUGAAGUAACAAAUCUUUGCAGGUGUUUCCUUAUUUGUACCUGCUAAAAGGGAAUACUCCUCUGCAGGGACUCCUUUUUGCACUCUUGUGACUAAUAUUUCUGUGACUAAAAUAGUUGGGUUCUGGAUUUAUAACUGUGUACAGAUAUCAUUUGGAAGCUGACGCUAACUUUUUCUGAGCUACAACUGCAUCCUGAUGACACACGUUAGCCAUUUAUAUGCAGAAUUUGUGUACUGUCACUUACUUUUCAGAUUUUUUUUGACUUAAAGCCGUCUCAAUUUUGAAAGCUACUCCCUGGAAUCAUUUGGUAUUAAAAAGACAAAAUCCUUGUACAGCAAAUCCAUCCAUUUAUCUUUCCAUUGAGUCCAUGUGAACUGUCUCAAAUUCUUGGAACUAAUUUUUGUCAUUCCAGCAAUUCCUCAGUUGCCUGAGUCAAUCUUUCUAAAUUUCAGGGCAAAGCUUUGGCUGUCCAGUUCUCCUGCUAAUACAGUCUCACAGGAACUAGCUGAUAACUAAGGGCUGAACUACAACUCUGGUUCCUCUCGUACCAGAUUCCUUCUUGCAUCUCUAACUUCUGGCACUGUUGAGAAGUUUACCUCUGCUCAUUUCCUGUUAUCUGAACACCUGGUGAUACUGUGUGCCUUUCAUCUGUUAGCUUUAAAAGGACUUGAGAAUUUUACACUGCCACUUCUUUACAAAUUUGGUAAAAACUUUGUUAAAAAAAAAAAAAAAUCCAAGUAACGUUUCUUCCUAGUGCCUCGUGCUGCAGCUGACAUCUGUUCAAACAAAAAGCCAACCUCUUUUUCUUUGAAAUUCCAAUCAUCUGCUCCGUUUGUAGGAGUCAGGAGGUUAAAGCUUUUCAUGAUAAUGAAUGAUUUAUAUCUCUUUUGUUACGAAAGUUGGCCACACGUAGCUUUUGAGUACUUUUAAUUACAAAUCUCUAACUUUUCUUAACCGCUUGUUGGUCCGAAAUUACAUUCCAGAUGAAGCUUUUGCACAAAAGCGAUCAUUCGAUUCUCAUCGUCGACUUAACGGUUCAUCUCUUUGAAACAGCAGAUCUUCUAAUGUGAAAAUAGUAUUUAACUUUUAUAAAUGACCAGUCUUUUUACAGGUCUGUUUUAUACUGAAUAGAGUAGUUGUCUGAGGUGGGACACACGCUCAGCCCGUGCCGUGGCAGAGGGAGCACUCACGGGACAGCCUCUCGCUGUGAGUGUUUGUUGUGCUGCUGAGCAAGUUAUCUGCGUAAGAGCAGCUUCCUGUUGAUAACAUACCUUAAAAUACAGACUGCCCCGACCAAUCUGCUCGCUGGGAAGGAAUGCAGUGUUACAUUUGGAGGCCAGUAUUUCGUGCUGUGAAACCUUUGCUGAAGGAAGGGUUGUUUUUUUCACUUGUGAACAUAACCCUGUGUUAGUGUUACAACACUAAUUCCUGCCACAAGAUCACAAGGAAUCCGUUUGCAAAGGUCCUCGGUGUUGGUGAAUUUCUCCUUAGUUUGAUGUUAUUGCUCAUUUAUUUGUAUAUAAAUCUGACUUGAGAGGAGCUUUUCAAAAUACACGUUGGAACGAUCCAAUUAAAUCGAUCUUUCGGUGCGGGAAAGAAAUGCUUGUAAUUAAAUUCCUGUGUUAACGUAGUGAACUGGAAAAACAAUUUCAUUUCCCUGGAUGAAAAGAUGUUGAUUAUGAAACCGUUGCUUGAUCAUUCUGUACUGCAAAUCAAUAAAAACAAUGUCUUUUGUGACAAACAUUGUAUAAACAAGA